UAGUGACCAUUACAAGUUUCCUAUGAGAUAAAAUGGGAAAGAAACAACACCAAAAAGACAAAUUAUAUCUUACAAAUACAGAAUGGAGGACAGAGUUUGGAGGAUACAAGGGGCGCUCAGCCUCUGGGGAGAAUUCAAAGUUCAGAAGGCUUCCAUUCAGUUGUUGCAGCCUGUCAUUCCAACCUUUUGAAAACCCCCUUUGUACCAAGGAAGGAGUUGUGUUUGAUUUGAUGAACAUUGUCCCAUUCCUGAAGAAGUAUGGUAUAAACCCAGUCACAGGGGAGAAACUCAGUGCAAAAGAAUUGAUCAAGCUGAAUUUCCACAAGAAUGGAGAUGGAAAAUACCACUGCCCUGUCACAUUCAAAAUAUUUAAUGAGAACACACAUAUAGUGGCAAUCAGACCCACAGGGAAUGUUUUCUGCAUGGAUGCAGUGGAAAGACUGAAUAUAAAACCAAGUUUCUUCAAGGACUUGCUUACAGAUGAGCCAUUCACAAGAAAAGAUAUUAUUUCUAUUCAGGAUCCUACAAAAAUAGACAAAUUUAAUUUGAACACAUUUUAUCAUGUGAGGAAAAACUUGAAGUAUGGAGAUGAAGAUGAGGAUGCUGCUCGAAAAAAUCCCAUGUAUCAUCUUAAAUCUGUGAACGCAGAGACACGGGACGUUCUAACAGAGCUAGAGAGGGAGUAUAAACCAGCGGAAAAGAAAGAAGAGGAGAAGAAAAAAGCAGACUUUCUGAAUGCGGCACAUUACUCUACAGGGCGGGUGGCUGCCUCUUUUACAUCAACAGCCAUGGAUCCUACCACCCAGCACGAAGCAGCCAUCAUUGAUGAGGAUGUGCUAAGAUAUGAGAUUGUGAAGAAGAAUGGAAAGAAAGGUUACGUGUCGAUGAUCACAAACUACGGUCUGUUGAAUCUUGAGCUGCAUUGUGAGAUGGUGCCUAAGACAUGUGAGAAUUUUAUCAAGCUGUGUAUGAAGGGUUACUACAGAGACACAAAAUUCCAUCGCCUCAUUAGAAACUUUGUGAUUCAAGGUGGGGAUCCAACAGGGACCGGAACAGGAGGGGAAUCAGCAUGGGGUGAUGCUUUCAAUGAUGAAAUAAAACCCAACCUGACCCACACUGGUAGAGGGGUGCUCAGCAUGGCCAACUCAGGCCCCAACACAAACAAGUCACAGUUUUUCAUCACCUUCAGAUCUGCAAAACACCUCGAUGGGAAACAUGCUGUGUUUGGAAGGGUGGUGGGGGGUCUAGACACCCUUGAUAAAGUGGAGAGGAUUGAAGUGGACAAGAAGGACAAACCAAAGAAAGACGUCAUCAUUGAGGAUUGUCAUGUUUUUGUGAAUCCAUAUGAAGAGGCAGACGAAGAGCUGGCAACAAAACGUGAGGAGAUAAUCCAGAAACAGGAAGAGGAAUUAAAGGCAAAGAGGAAGUAUGUGUACAAAGCAGAACCGGAGGACAUUGCACCCAAAACGUACAAAAAGGGUGUAGGAAAGUACAUCAACCCAACAGCAGUGAAGAGGAGUGCAGUCGACACGGCUUCAGUGCCUCCAGUCAAAAAGAAAGCAGCUGUAGAGGGAAUGAAGUUUGGUGACUUCAGUGCUUGGUAGUCACUAAUACAAAGAAUUCUGGGACAUUAUUAUUCGGUGAUAUCACGAGAUUCCAAUGUCUUAAGACAGCUUUCAUUAAGCCCAUUAGACAAUAUUCUAGGACAGAUCCUGGUAAUUGGUGUCUGGAGGAACUUGUGAAUAGAUUUACAUGUAAUUGUACAUGUAACAUUGUGAUAUUGUUAUCUAAUGAGGACCAGUCAUCUACAUGUACAUGUAUUUUUAAUAUCAACAUUUCUAUAUUUUGUCGUAGGUGUAUCAUUUUCUGUGCAUAUAAAUGUUCAUGUGUAAAUUUACAAUACAUACAUGUACUACAUCUUCA